UGGCUCAUUCCUGCAUAUGAGAAGAAGGAUUGCACCAUACUACACCAAAGAAUACAGAGAGGAUAGACACCACCGAUAGAUCCUGACCAUCACCCAGGAACAACUGCAACAAUUGUGGGAAGACAUCUAGUGCCUUCACAGCAUUGCUGAACACAGAGAAGGUUGGGCAGUGAAACCAUCAUCUGGAAAUCGAUCAGGCCAGGAAGGCUUUGACAUAUCAUCAGAUCUGAAAGUGGUCAGUGGUGUGUAGCCUUUGAUCAGAACCAAGCUUUCUGAUGAUUCAGCUGUGGGUGAUCGGUCAGGGUGAGGCUGGGAAGAAGUGUGAGUGGGCUCCAAGUGUGGUGAGAGUUUCAAUCAUUCAUCCAGCCUCGUGAACCACUGACUCAUUCCUACAGAUGGGGGGCUGCUCAAGUACGAGGAGAGCUCAACAGCUGAUAAGACUUCAUAACACACAUGUUUUACUAUUAACGCAACAGCAGCUUCGUGGAAGAGAAACUUUUUCAUGAGUGAAGUGCAGAACCAAGCCUUUAUUCAGUGGUCAAUGCUCAUGACUGACCAACGUAUUCGCCCAGGGGAGAGAACAUUCACGUGCGAGGUGUGUGGCAAAUCAUUCUCACAGUUAGGGAACCUCCACACGCACCAACGCACUCACACAGGGGAGAAACCAUUCACAUGUGAGGUAUGUGACAAAUCAUUUUCGGAGUCAUCAAAACUCCGUGCGCACCAACGCAUUCACACAGGUGAGAAACCAUUUACAUGUGAGGUGUGUGAUAAAUCAUUCUCACACUCAUCGACCCUCCGCAAACACCGACGUAUUCACACUGGAGAAAAACCAUUCAUGUGCAAGGUGUGUGACAAAUCAUUCUCUCAUUCAUUGACCCUUCGCAUACACCAACGGGUUCACACAGGAGAGAAACCGUUCACGUGUGACGUGUGUGAUAAAUCAUUCUUGCACUCAUCUAACCUCCGUGCACACCAGCGCAUUCACACAGGGGAGAAACCGUUCCCCUGCAAAGUGUGUGACAAAUCAUUCUCAGACUCAUCCACUCUCCGUGCACACCAACGUGUUCACACGGGAGAGAAACCAUUCGCAUGCGAAGUGUGCAACAAAUUAUUCUCAGACUCAUCAAACCUCCGCAAACAUCAGCGGAUUCACACAGGGGAGAAGCCAUUCGCGUGCAAGGUGUGCGACAAAUCAUUCUCGACUUCAUCCACACUUCGCACACAUCAACGUAUUCACACAGGGGAGAAACCAUUCAUGUGUGAGAUAUGUGAAAAAUCAUUCUCGCAGUCGUCGAACCUUCGCACACACGAAUGUGUGCAUACAGAAGAGAAACCAUUUACCUGUGAGAUGUGUGAUAAAUCAUUCCCGAGGUCAUCAAAGCUCCUGAGACACAGACGGAUGCAUACGGGAGAGAAAUUAUUAACAUGUGAAGUGUGCAACAAAUCAUUCUCAGACUCUUCUUCCCUCCGUGUACACCAACGUGUUCACACUGGGGAGAAACCGUUCACAUGCGAAGUGUGUGACCAGUCCUUUACACAGUUAUCAACGCUUCGCUCACAUCGUAGCAUUCACACAGGUGAGAAACCAUUCAUGUGUGAGGUCUGCAGUAAAUCAUUCUCACAUUCAACGACCCUACGUGAACACCACCGUAUUCACACAGGGGAGAAACCGUUCAAGUGUGAGGUGUGUGACAAGUCAUUCUCGAGGUCAUCAUCUCUCCUUGGACACCAACGUGUUCACACUGGGGAGAAACCAUUCACGUGCGAAGUGUGUGACAAAUCAUUUGCGCAGUCAUCCACCCUCCACGCACACCAACGCAUUCACACAGGAGAGAAGCCAUUCAAGUGUGAGGUGUGCAAUAAAUCCUUUUCACAGUUAGGAAGCCUCAUGGUGCAUCAGAAGAUCCACACAGGGGAGAAACCUUUCAAGUGCGCAGUUUGUGGUAAAGCUUUUGUGAGAUCUUCAAGCCUCCUGAUACACCAGAUGAUUCACACUGGAGAAAAACCUUUCCGAUGUGAAUUUUGUGAAAUAGCUUUCAUCCAAUUCUCCGAUCUCCUGAGGCACCAGAGAAUUCACACAGGAGAGAAACCCUUUAAAUGUGAGGUUUGUGACCGAGCCUUUACACAGUCCUCGACACUUGUGAAACAUCAACGCAUUCACACAGAUAGGGAAUCUGUUCUCAUGCAAGACGUGUGACACAUCAUUUUCAGGGUCUUCAAUCCUCCUCCUUCAGCAGAAGAUUCAUAUAGGGGAGUAACAGUCUGGUGCAGAGCUUGCAACAAAGCUUUCACCCACUCCUCCAAUCUA